GAAGCAACUACUGCUUCAUCCCGGCCUCCUCUCCCUCUGUAUUGUCCCCGCUACUUGAGCAGUUCACGCCCUCCGCCGCCUACAACCGCCACCUGCCGCCACUGUGACUGCCUCCAGCGUCGCUUACCCCCUUCACUUUGCCUCUACUACAAACGACGUCUCUCUUUAUCUCUUUCUCUCGUUUUUUCUUUUGUAAUUUAGAACAGCUCUUCCCCCACUCAACUCUCUUCUUGCAGUUCUAAUACGUAGCGAAAAAAAUGGUGCGUCCGAAGGCUCCCUCCAAGAAGCAACAAAAGCAUGGUGUAGACUUCAAAAAAAUAAAGCGAAAAAUUGGUAGGAAAUUGCCGCCUCCAAAGAAUGUUACGAACACUGAAAUCAAAUCCAAGGCGAUUAUUCUUCCUGAGCAGCGUGUGGCAUCGGAGAAGGCAGGUUUGGCUGUCAGCAAGAAAGGUUUGACAUUGAAGGAGCUUCUCCAACAAACUUCCCAUCACAACCCUAAAGUUCGCAGAGAUGCCUUGAUGGGAAUUAAGGAUUUACUCCUGAAAUAUCCCAUGGAAUUGAAGUUGCACAAAUAUGCUGUUAUAGAGAAACUGCGUGAACGCAUUAGCGAUGAUGAUAAAGUGGUUCGAGAAACGUUGUAUCAGCUUUUUAAGACUGUGAUUUUCCCUAGUUGUAAAGAGGAUAAUCAAGGACCUUUGAUUUCCUUGAUGAUGGCUUAUAUUUUUAAUGCAAUGACGCAUUUGGCCAUUGAUGUUAGGCUGAUGGCUUUCAAAUUUCUUGACCUUGUUGUCCUACAUCAUCCACCUUCGUUUUCCUUGCAUGCUGAAAAGAUUCUCGAGAACUAUGAGAAUAUUCUACGAAAGAACCAGUUUUAUCUGCAGGACAAGAGUAAACUCAAGAAUGCAAUUGCUGGAUUGAUGCGCUGCCUUUCACUGCUGCCUUGUAAUAAGGGAGAAGUUGACACGUCAUGUGGAAAGGAUACAACCUCAAAGCGGAUUUUGCAUGCUUUUGAGCCUGAUGUGCAGAAAGAUUUUGUUGGGUUUUCCGUCAUCGUGAGGAAGUUAAUGGAUCUAAUGCCAGUUUUGGUCAAUUGUUUCCAUGAAUUUAUUCCAUUUAUUCAUGCUGCUCAGCUGCUUGAUGCACAGUCGUUUGACUGUAUGCUUUAUAUUCUUCAGAGCCUCGAUCUUGGGGUCAGAUUCUUUGUGUAUGGGGUUGACAACUGUCAAUUAGAACAACAAAUUAUUGCCCAUGAAGGACAUGUGCUUAUGUCAGCUCAAACCAUCUCUCCAAUAUUUUUCAAAAAGUUAUUUGGUGUGUUUCCCCUCAAUCCAGGACAUCCCCUUUCAGAAAAGGAUGAUGACAGAUACUUCAUCCUGAACAUUGUGAUUACAGAAAUAUUUCUGCAAUUAAGCGAAUGUAUGUUCCCUCCUGCCAUUUUGCUGGAAAAAUUUCUUGCAUUUGUUGAAAAUGCACUUUCUGGAAAGAUUACCAGUGCUAAACAGUCUGGCAGACCACGACAUGAAAAGCAAGUGCUUUCACUUCUCUCUUUCCUUCCUAAACUUCUUUCACGAGUGCAAAGCGAUUGGAGGCCUCGUCUUCUUCAGGCAUUUACGAAGGCUUUUAUGGAUUGUAAGCCAGAGUCUUCACUAAAACUGGCCUGUCUUUCUACAAUAGAAGAAAUGCUGCUUCCUGGAGAAGGGAUGUUAUUCUUAGAUGCAAGUGAUUCUGAAAUAUUGAACCAGAAGAUUAGUUGGAUACGAGAGCUUCCUUUGCUGCUAAUCCAGUUGGGUGAUACACAUCCAUCAUAUUCUAAGGCUGUGUUGCAUCUUCUACUUCGUCUGGGACACCGUGCUUUGUUGAAUUCUUCCCUUAUGCAAGAAUAUGACAACAUGCAGUACUUACUAUCAGAAUUUUAUGGUACAUUUCCUGAUGAAAGAACUAUAUGCUAUGGUCCUUUCAUAAGGCUUCCAAGAGAUUCUCAAGAACUUUCUAUCUGUUGCCUAUAUUAUUUCUCUUUUUUGGAUGCGGUUUUACUUAAAUCGCUAGCUUCUUGUUGCCUAUAUCAUGAUUUGGAGCCAUCUAUAUUAUUUCGAAUUGUAGAGGUGCUGCAUUCAUCCUAUAAAGCUGGACACAUUCAGAUUGCUGACCAUAUUAGUUUCUUCAUCACUUUGUUGUCACGUUUCAAAGUUUUUCCUGAAAAUAUCUAUCCCUCUAUGAACAGUGAUGACAAAAUCUCAAACCAUGGAACAUUUAAGUCGGUCACCAGUGUUGUUUGCUCUUUCCUGUCACAAAUGGGUGAUGAUUCUUGUGUUUCUCGGAUUCUGGAGAAAGUUAUAUUGGAUCAGAUAUCACACAAACUGCCUUUAGAUAACACCUGUGCAUUGCUUCGAAUGCUUAUUGUGCUGGACUUCAGACCCACAAGAGUUUUUGAACCGAAUAUCAUCAAUCUAAGCAAUUCCAUUCUGGGAUACUUAAUGGAUGCUGCUUAUGACCUACGCUUGAUGAAGAUGAUUGAGAUGGGAACUAAGUGGGAUGACUUGUAUCACUUCACUAGCACCAGGAAUGCUUCUUGUCAGCCUUUUACUUUGCAGUGCAUUCAAGAAGAUGAGGAUGAGUCUACCGUCUCCAUGAGUAUUCGUACAUGUCGUUAUUAUCUCGUACCAUGUUUUUUCUUGUUUGAUAGAAGCCACCAACUUCUAAAGCUUGUAUUGGAUAACAUGGUAUCAGUAAUAGCUGAAAAUAGUUUAUCUACGAUUGGACAUUACAAAACUGAUAAUUCAAUUAGGAUAAAUGCAAUUGUUUCUGUCCUGUUAUGGAUGUUUAAAGAUGUUAAACUCCAGUGGACUCUUUCAUCAUGCAAGGUAGAAAUCGAUCGUAUUUUACAGAAGAUUCUUUCAGUACAGUCUUCAAAGGGAAAAAACAUGGCCAUUGAAGAAGGGCAGAAAAUUCAGUGUGCAUAUGAUCGACUGAAGAUUGUGGCAACUGCAUUACCCAGUGGCUUGCAGAUCAUCUAGAAACUGACUUGGCCAAAGAAGCUAUUGAGAACCAUUCAAUCUUAUGUUAAGAAAUUACUAGGUGUUCCUUGAGGAUGAACUCUGCAUACAUGGUCCCCUCCAACCAAGCAAAAUUUGCUAACAUAACAGUGUGUCAGACUUGGGACUCACAAAGCCAACUAGUAAGCAGAUUGACGCCUUCUGCUGCAAAUGAAAGCACUGUCAAAGCAGAUUGAAGUUAAAAUGCCAACUUGAAGCCAUUGAAGCAUAUCCAAAGCCCUUGGAGCAGCAUACCUGGUUGUCAAUUUCCUUUGUGCUGUUUUGGUUUUCUCCAGUUCUGGGAUUCUCUCUGAAUCAAAGCAUACUUCCAACGUUUGGAAAAAACCGACUCCAUUGCAUUUGAAUUUUCACAAGGUCUAGUGAUCAUUUGAAGGCUAGUAUCCUGUUGCUGUAGAUUGAACCAGAUUUCACAGCACAUUAAAAAAAAAGAGGAUCUUACAGCAAAUGGAGUAGAAGACUGCAGGGAAAGAACCAGUGAGAAUAAUGGACAGCAUAUGUUCUUGAAUGUCUGUUGGAGCAUAUCGAGAUCUUUUUUUUUUUUUCAUUUUUCAUUUUUCAUUUUUGAGAAUGUUCAUACAUGUGAUGUUUUUAUUUGGCCUCAAACAAUGACUAGAAAAUUUACAUCUGUAGCAAUAAUAUUUAUUUUGCCAGCAAAGAAAGAGAUCAUGCAUUCUUUGUUC